GUACAGCGCUGUGCACAACGCUACUGCAUUAUUUGCACUUUCAUUUGUGCCAACUCCUACAGCGCAUAGGUCUUGGACUUGGGCUUGCGGAUCCUCCUUGCUAUCACCUGGACUAAGCCAAUCUUUGUAACUUUCUGUUGAAACACAAAGUUAUUAGAGCAGCGUCCAUCGCACGGUCAUGGGUGACGAUGAGGAGCGAGGGAGAAGUCGUAGCCGGAGUCCAGCAAGAGACGGGAAACACCGCCGGUCUAGGUCUCGCUCGGCGUCCGUGAAAGACUCUCCCAUGAGGUCGCGGUCCCGGUCGAGGUCCCGCAGCCGCAGCGACAGUAGGGACCGAAGCCGGAGCCCCAGCAAGAGCCGCUCGCGCUCCCGCAGCCGCUCCCGCAGCCGCAGUCCCCGGGCCCGCUCUCCAUCCCGCAGCCCUGUCAAGGAGAAGGCCCGGAGCCGCAGCAAGAGCCCCGCCAAGGGCAAGGGCAAGGGUGGCGGCCGCAGCAGCCGCAGCAAGAGCAAGAGCCGGAGUCGCUCUCCGGAUCGGAAGCGCAGCCGCGUGAACGGCGGCAGCAGCCGGCGCAGCCGCAGCCCGGCGCGGCGCGGCCGUCGGACGAGCCGCGACAGGUCGCCGGUGGUGAAGCGCUGGGUCAGCAAAUCCAACUCGCCGACACGGCGGCGCAGCAGGUCACGCGACCGCGCGCUGCGGGACCGGUCGGACAGGGACCGGUCGGACAGGGACCGCCGGGACCGGGAUCGGGAUCGCGAGCGGGAACGUGAGCGCGAGCGGGAGCGCGAACGUGAGCGGGAGCGCGAACGCGAGCGGGAGCGCAGCACACGGGACAAGGACAAGGAGCGCUCAGACCGGGAGCGCUCGGACCGGGACAAAGGCAAAGACAAAGACAGGGAGAAGGACAAGGACAAGGACAAGGAGCGGCGCACGGAGCGGAGCGACCGGGACCGGGAGGGGCGCAGCUCCGGGGCUGCAGCGGUGGCGUCGGGCGAAGAGCACGUGUCCAGCACUGUCAAGGACCUCGUUGAGAAGGCUCUGAUGGAGCUGACUGAGAAGCAGCGCCUGCCCUGCAAUAUCUCCAUCCUCAACGACUACAUGCACCUGCGGGACAGGCACUUCAGCUACAAGCAGUGCGGCUUCGCCAGCUUCACGCUGUUCUGCAAGUGGUUCGAGAAGGAGGGCUGGCUGUCGGUGGACCAGGAGCGCAGCAGCGUGGUCAUCAGCCGGACCAAGUUUGAGGGCAAGGUGUCCCGCCGCGACCGGAGCAGCCCCGAGCGCCGCUCGUCGCGCGAGCGGGCGCGCAAGCGCGAGGCGCGCCGCGUGAAGCGCGCGCGCGGCGGCGUGCGGGAGCGGGAAAAGCGGGAGCGGCGGGAGCGGGGCGGCAGCGGCCGCGAUCGGGGCGACAAGGACGACAAGGAGGAUGGCGAGGACCGCGGGCGGAAACGGUCGCGGUCGCACUCCCGCUCGCGUUCCCGCUCCAGUGCGCGCUCGCUCUCUCGAUCACCGCGCCGCGAGUCGCCGCCGGCCGCGUCCCCGCGGCGCGACUCCCCCAAACCCAGCAAAUCCCCCGCCGGCUCGCCCGGCCGCGACGAUUGAGUCACGGCACACGUCCCGCUCGCCACGGCGUCGCGGCGAGGGAUCGCCCGAUACGGAGCGCUGGCAGCUGGACCCCGCGCCGCCGGUAGUGGUGGUGGCGGCGGCAGCGGCGGCGGAGCCGGCGCCGGCGCGCGUUGAGGAUGGGGAGCGGUGGAAGAUGGGAGACCUGUGAGCAGCUGCGGGGGUUGUGGUGGCACUGGCAUUAGGGCAGAUAACUGGUGUGGCGAUGUGUUUGUGGGUGGAUGGGUGGGUGCGGACCGCUGAUGUCCGCCAGCACGCGGCGGCAAGGGGCAGCGAGUAGGCAGGGUGCCAGGAGAGCCGGGGAGGUGGGCGGCUGCAGCUGGAGGCGACGAACAUGAGAGGGAGGUGCGCAGUGCGGCGUGGAGUUCCGCAAGCUGAGUGGAGGCAACAGGAAGCAGGGUCUUCGCGGCCUCACCAACCAAGGCGUCAGAUCAUGCCAAUGGAUCUGGUCUAGCGUAUGUAAGGUUUGCACGCU